CUAUAAACCUUCUUAAUAAUUUCUUCCGUAAAAUAAUAUGAUUAGUUUUUUUUUUUGUAAACAAGUGCCCACUUGCUUGACCUUCCCAACCAAAAAAAACGUAACAAUUUCCAUCAUCUUCUCCAUAAAGUUCUUACCUUUAAGUGUGUUUAAUGGAGAUUUAUCCUCUACUCAUCUCUCUCUCUCUAUUCUGUUCCAUUUAUUAAGCUUUCUUCACGCUUUUUAAGAUAAUUAACAGUCACGGGUUCUAAAAGCUAAAGGGUUUUGCUUCGAAUUCAAGUGUCUCCCUUCACUUUCUCUCUCUCUAUUGCUGCUCUGUUUCUGCUGUCAAUUCCCUAAGAAAGUCCUGAUUUUUAGGGUGAUCGAGAGAAGUUGAAGAAUCAUGUUUAUUGAGUUUCCUUUUUUGAUCCAUAGGGUCAUCUAAUUUUGCUAAUUUUAUUGUCAUCUCCUUCAGGUAAGGGAUUGUUGUUGCCAAUGGGGUGGCUAACUAAAAUCCUUAAAGGUUCUAGCCAUAAGUUUUCUGAUGGACAAUGUAAUGGAAGAUAUAGAGAAGAUAGAAACUUGGAAGGUCCUCGUUAUUCUGCGGAAGGAUCUGAUUUUGACAAAGAGGAGAUUGAAUGUGCUAUUGCACUUUCUCUUUCUGAACAAGAACAUGUAAUUCCACAAGAUGACAAAGGAAAGAAAAUAAUCGAGUACAAAUCUGAAACCGAAGAAGAUGACGAUGACGAUGAGGAUGAGGAUGAAGAAUACAUGAGAGCUCAGCUAGAAGCAGCAGAGGAAGAGGAAAGACGGGUAGCUCAAGCUCAAAUCGAGGAAGAAGAGAAAAGGAGAGCUGAAGCUCAACUAGAAGAAACAGAGAAACUGCUUGCAAAAGCUCGAUUAGAAGAGGAAGAAAUGAGGCGUUCUAAAGCCCAACUGGAGGAAGAUGAGCUACUCGCCAAGGCCCUUCAAGAAAGUAUGAAUGUGGGAUCUCCUCCUCGAUAUGAUCCAGGAAAUAUACUUCAACCAUAUCCCUUCCUCAUUCCUUCUAGUCACAGGAUAUGUGUCGGUUGCCAAGCUGAGAUAGGACAUGGAAGGUUUCUGAGUUGCAUGGGUGGCGUUUGGCAUCCUGAAUGUUUCUGUUGCAAUGCAUGUGAUAAGCCCAUCAUAGAUUAUGAGUUCUCAAUGUCAGGAAAUCGGCCUUAUCACAAAUUAUGUUACAAGGAGCAGCAUCAUCCUAAAUGUGAUGUUUGCCAUAACUUUAUUCCGACAAAUCCAGCUGGUCUUAUUGAGUAUAGGGCACAUCCCUUUUGGAUGCAAAAGUAUUGUCCUUCACAUGAGCGUGAUGGAACUCCUCGGUGUUGCAGUUGUGAGCGAAUGGAGCCAAAAGAUACAAAAUAUCUCAUUCUUGAUGAUGGUCGAAAACUGUGUCUUGAAUGUCUCGACUCAGCCAUUAUGGACACUCAUGAAUGCCAACCAUUGUACCUUGAGAUACGUGAAUUUUACGAAGGCUUACAUAUGAAAGUGGAACAGCAAAUUCCUAUGCUUUUGGUGGAGAGAUCAGCUCUAAACGAAGCUAUGGAAGGAGAGAAACACGGACAUCAUCAUUUACCUGAAACUAGAGGACUUUGUUUGUCUGAAGAACAAACUGUCACCACGGUGUUAAGGAGACCAAGAAUUGGGGCAGGCUACAAGUUAAUAGACAUGAUCACAGAGCCUUGCAGGCUGAUACGUCGUUGUGAAGUCACUGCGAUUCUCAUUUUAUAUGGACUUCCUCGUUUGUUAACCGGGUCAAUCCUUGCUCAUGAGAUGAUGCAUGCAUGGCUUCGACUAAAUGGUAAUCUGAAGAACACUCCCUUCUCAUUAUGUUGAGCAAUUGAACGUAGGGAAAUAUCAAAAAAUGUUUUGUUGCUCUGUGUAUAUCUGUAGGGUAUCCAAAUCUUAGACCAGAAGUGGAAGAAGGAAUAUGUCAAGUUUUAGCACACAUGUGGUUGGAAUCUGAGACUUAUGCUGGCUCUACAUUAGUAGACAUCGCAUCUUCUUCAUCAUCUGCUGUGGUGUCAGCAUCGUCCAAGAAAGGUGAGAGGUCUGAUUUUGAGAAGAAACUUGGUGAGUUUUUCAAGCAUCAAAUCGAGUCGGAUUCUUCAUCGGCAUAUGGGGAUGGGUUCAGGCAAGGUAACCAAGCAGUUCUUAAGCAUGGUCUGAGGCGAACCCUCGACCAUAUUCGCUUGACCGGUACAUUUCCUUAAAUGGAAUUUAAACUAUAAAAAGAGAGAAAACAAGCUUUGUUAUAGUUUUUUAGAGUAUAGACUUGAGAAGAAAAGAAAAAGAAAAAUGUAUAGGUUACAACAAUACACACAUUUAAGUGUCAUAAAGUUUCCACUUUUUAAGUAAAAAAUCAAGAGUCAAGAAACAAGACCAAAAAUUCUUGGCUUGGUUUUUAUCUUUUUUUGCCAAACGUUUUGCUUGUUAUUUCUUAGAUAGCA